AUGCUAGGAAACAUCGCUCAACGAAUUCAAGACGCCUUUUUUCAGAGCCUGGAGCAGGCCGGGUGCGUGAGUCUGGACACGUACGGCCCUGCUUCGUCCGACGAGGAUUUCGACGACGACGAUGAAGACGAGGAGGAGGAGGACGGCCACCGCAGCGCAGGAUCCGCUGCUGCCAUGACACCCACCGGGCUCGUCGGAUUUGGAAGUUUUUUACGGAACAAUCCGCGCACGGAUAAGUUUAAAGUGGACCGGUUUCACCAUAUCGAGUUUUGGUGCGGAGAUGCUACUAACACGUACGGACGGUUUUCGUGGGGGCUGGGGCUGCCGCUCGUGGCGAAGUCGGACCAGACGACGGGUAACCACACGUUCUGCAGUUACGUGCUGAAAGCGGAGGACCUGGCGUUGGUGUUCACGGCGCCUUAUUCCGAAGCAGCAGCUAUAUCGCGUACAGAACCCCUGGGGGAAGUAACUGGGGAGGCUGGACACCCUAGAAACUUCCGAGUUCCGUUUCCAGGAUUUUCGCGACGGGCUGCCCGUGAAUUUUCCGCUCUGCAUGGAUUGGGAGUUCGGGCAAUCGGAGUUAGAGUGGAGGACGUGGAAGCGGCUUACCAAACGAGUGUAGAUAACGGAGCUAUUUCCAUCUGCCCUCCCGUUACUGUCACAGACAUCAAACCAAACGGCCAAGGAGGGAGUGUGACUAUAGCGGAGGUGACUCUAUACGGCGACACGGUGCUGCGGUUUGUGAAUCCGAAAUCGUUUUCAGGUCCGUUCCUCCCAGCCUUUGAGGCGGCAUCGAACCAAGUGAUGAGCUACGGCCUUUUCAGGGUCGACCAUGUGGUUGGGAACGUGCCGAGCCUGGCGGAUGUGGUUCGGUACAUCAAGGGCUUCGCAGGGUUUCACGAGUUCACAGACUCGUGUGCUUCAGGGGAUGCAGGAGGGGAAGCAGGACAGGGAAUGGGGACAGGGAGAGGAGUGGGAGGAGGAGCAAUAGGCAUCGGUGCUGCUGCUGGUGCUGCCACUGGGGGUGUUGCUGCUGUCGGUUCUGCCACUCCUAAGAAGAAAUCCGGCUGUGCUGACGUGGACCCCGCUGGCCUCGGCGUGAACAGUACUGUACUCGCUAAUGACUGGGAGACAGUCAUCCUCCCUAUAAUGGAACCCUCGCCCGGCCUCCCUUACAAAACACAGGUUGAAACCUUCCUGGAGCACUAUAACGGGGCAGGAGUGCAGCACAUAGCACUGAUGUGCACGGACAUAGUGAAAGCCGUGAAGGAGAUGAAAGCAAGGAGCGAAAUGGGAGGGUUCGCGUUCCUGCCAAGGCCGUCGGCUAAGUACUAUCGGGAGGUGGCGGGGCGGGUGGGGAGUGUGAUGAGUGAGGAGGAGAUGGGCGAGUACGAGGAGUUGGGGAUUCUCGUGGAUGUGGACGCUGGGGGCGUGCUGCUGCAGGUCUUCACUGCGCCCAUUGGGGACAGGUGA